UCAACAACACCGGGAGAGCGCGAAGCCAGCAGGUUUGUCCACGCUGGCUUCCCAUAGUCCACAGGAUUUCCGGGAUACUUCAGUCGGGUCAGGGCUGGACAGGGCUGGGAUCCUGGCCGAGUGUACCCGAUGGCUGCUGUGUUUCUGGUGAUGCUCUACGAGUAUUCACCACUCUUUUACAUCGCCGUGGUCUUCACCUGCUUUAUUGUGACCACCGGCCUGGUGCUGGGAUGGUUUGGUUUGGAGGUUCCAGUAAUCCUGAGAAAUUCAGAAGAGAUAGAAUUCAACACAAGAGUAUCCAAAAAGGAGAUGAAACAAGUCAAGAAUCCUUUUGGUUUAGUGAUCACUAAUCCAGCUUCAGCCUCAAUCACAAAUGGCAUAACAUUAACACCUGAUUGUAUUGAAGAAAGCAUCCUUACUUGCUACUGGGGUUGUGAUGUUCAAGAAUUGUAUGAAGCACUGCAAAAGCAUGUUUAUGUCUCCAGAAUAAAUACUCCACAGGCACUAGAAGAUGCUAUAUAUAGCAAAUAUAUCUAUCGAGAACAACAUUUUGUUAAAAAAAAUAGCAAAGAAGAAAAAUACUGUCAAUUACCAAGUGAUGCUAAAAUUGAAGAUUUUGGCAUUGUGCCUAGAUCUCAAUAUCCACUGGUGGCACUAUUAACUUUAGCUGAUGAAGAUUCCCAAGGACUUUAUGAUAUUAUUUCAAUGGUGACUGUGAUUCAUAUUCCUGAUAAGAAAUACAAACUUUCCUGCAGAAUAUUAUAUCAGUAUGUACUAUUGGCUCAAGGCCAAUUCCAUGACCUUAAGCAACUUUUCAUGUCUGCAAAUAAUAAUACACCAUCCUUGAGUAACUCUUCUCCAGAAGAACAAAGCACUGACAGACAUUUGUUGGAAAAAGUUGGACUGGCUGAAAGUGAAGUGGAACAGUAUGAAGAAAAUAGCAAAGACUGUGUUGUUUGCCAGAAUGGGAAGGUGAAUUGGGUACUCUUACCGUGUAGACACACAUGCUUGUGUGAUGGCUGUGUUAAGUAUUUUCAGCAGUGCCCUAUGUGUAGACAAUUUGUUCACGAAUAUUUUGCACUAUGCACUCAAAAAGAACAAGAUAAAGAAACACCAAAAAGUGAAGGGACUGUUACUUCUUAAAGAUUUUGUCUACUGAAGAUGGAGACUUUUUUUUUGCUUUAAAUCAGUCAGAAUUUAAAAUCUGUGCAGUAUUGCUGGUAAGUGAUAAGAAUUACCUUCUAACUUCAUAUUUGUACAGUAUGUUUGCAGUAUAAAUUAAGUGUUCAUUCUGCUCAAUAUGUCUAUCAGAAUAGCCAUCACCUGCAGUGUUACUUAAAAAAAUACAGCUUUUUUGAAAACUAUAAUAUAAAUGCGUGAUAACUUCAUGUAGUGUUAAAUCAUUCUCUAAAGAGAUACAUCUAUAACUUAGAGGGAAAAUAGAGAACAUUAAAUUUUCCCUCGUUAACACUUUUUUUCCCUCUUUAAUGUGCAAUUAGGAGAAAUUUAGUUAUAAAAUAAUUGUGUACUUUGGUUAUAUGAAUGAAGAAUAGAAAGGCUUUCUAAACCUUGCCAAAUCCUUUUCCUAAAAGUUGGUUAGCUUUUGAUGUAUCUGUAUGUUUGCACUUGUAAUGUAACUGAUAUUAAUACAUGUAUAAUUAUACAUAGAAAUCAGUUUUUGAAUGCAGGUUCUACAUCAGAAAUACAGUAUUCUAUAUUUCAGUAUUUUCAUUGUAUCAGGUAUUAAUAUUCAUGAACCAGAUAUGAAACUUGAGCAAUGAAACAAUUCCUGUAAGAAAAGAUUAGAAUGACACAUUUUAUAAGAUGGAUAGUGUGAUUAUUAAUGUAAAUCUUUUCUUUUUUUCUGUAAGAGUUGAGAUGGAUUACUUCACUUUUCUUCCUCUAUAGUCUGUCUGCAACAGAAUAGAUUUUGGAGCCACCAAAAUGCACCUAAAGAAGAAAUAAAAAUUAAUAUUGUGUAUUUUUAUUCCCUAAUAAAUCCCAAGCCCUUCCAAAAGA